AUGUGCUCCUUAGGCCUGUUCCCACCUCCACCGCCUCCCGGAGAUGUCACCCUCUACGAGUUCAAUAACGCCUUGGUCUGCGGCCACCUCUAUGAAAAGCUGCCCCUUGCUUUCCAGAGCCAGCUGGCGGAUCUGCCUGUUCUCAGCCUGCCCAAGGAAGCCCUGAAGGCUCACAGCCGGCUGGAGCACAGUACCAAGCCUGCCUUCAUCCACCACCGCGAGUCCCUCUGGAAGAGGUGCAUCAAUGCCUGGCGGGACGUGGGAGUGUGCGGGGUGCUUAAUGAGGUGGCAAACGCAGAGGAGGAGGCUCUGCAGUGGGUGAAGACAGGAUCACGCUAUGCCUUGGCCUUGUGCCACUGGGUGUCCUCUCUUCACGGCUCCCUGUUCCCCCACUUGUCGCUAACCAGUGAAGACAUGAUUGCAGAGUUCUCCCAAACAGUGGACUGGGCCGGCUGUACCAUCCGAGCCUUCGCCUGGCAUCCCCACACCAGCAAGUUUGCAGUGGCUCUUCUGGACGACUCCAUUCGUGUCUACAACGCAAACAGUGCUACCAUCCCCACCCUGAAGCAUCGCUUGCAGAGGAACGUGGCUGCCAUGGCCUGGAAGCCGCUGUGCGCCUCCAUCCUCGCCGUGGCCUGCCAGAGCUGUGUCCUGGUGUGGCACCUGGACCCCACCUCCCUCUCCACCAGGCCCUCGUCCGGCUGCGCCCAGGUGCUUUCCUACCCUGGGCACAGCCCUGUCACCAGCCUCGCCUGGGCCCCCAGCGGGGAGUUGUUGCUUUCGGCUUCGCCAGUUGACACAGCCAUGUUGGUGUGGGAUGUGUCCACUGAAAACUGUGUCCAACUGCAGUGGUUUGGCGGCGGCGGAGUCACUUACUUGGCUUGGUCACCAGACGGCAGCAAGGUCCUUGCGGCCACUCCUUCAGCUGUGUUUAGAGUGUGGGAGGCUCAGAUGUGGACCUGUGAGAGGUGGCCUACUAUCAAAGGACGCUGCCAGACAGGGUGCUGGAGCCCUGAUGGCAGUCGACUGCUCUUCACGGUGCUGGGGGAGUCUGUCAUCUACUCCUUGUCCUUCUCGGAGUACAGGGGGGAGAUGCAAGGGCAAGUGGGAGGAUCGAAAACGGCUUCUAUUGUGGCAGACCUGUCGGAGACCACCUUCGAGACACUCUAUGGGGAGGAGAGGAUCGGAGGAGAGGUGCACUCCAUGGUGUGGGACCCCAGCGGUGAGAGACUCGCAGUGAUCAUCAGAGGAAACCCUGACGUUCCUGAGAGCCCAACAGUCAUCGCUGUAUUUCGCACCCGCAACAGCCCUGUGUUUGAGCUCCUGCCGUGCGGUUUCUUGCGAGGUGAGCGGGGGGCACAGCCUCAGCUCCUUGCUUUCCACCCCUGCUUUAAGAAGGGCGCCCUCCUGACUGUGUGCUGGUCCACGGGGAAGAUCAGCCACAUCCCUUUCUUCUUCGUGAGCGCCCAGAUCCCCUGCUUCAGCCCUGGCCGCAGCCCUGUCGCAGCCAUGGCCAGUGCCAGCGUGCGGGAGCAGCCCUUGUUCUCAGAGCUGUAACGGCACCUAUGGGUCCUGGACAGGGCACCAGCGUCCCCCAGCAGCCUUUUCCAAUCUUCCUCGUGAACCAGGACUGGGACGCUCCUUCCAUAGCUGCCCUGGGCUGGGCUGCAGUUGCAUCUUUCUCCCAGCAGGGAUGUGGUGUGUGCAGGGAGGCCCAGGAAGCUGCUAUUUGGCUCAGGUGCCUUUGCCUGCCUCCUCAGGUUCAAAACAGGGCAUCUCUGUUAGCCGCACACAUCGGACAGGAGGGCAGCGUGCAAGGGGCUGGUACUGUACAGAUUAAAGAUCACUCUUUCUACCUGA